ACACGUCAGCUGCUGCAAUGAACUUGCAAAUUCUGGUUAUCGGCGGCUUUGCCACUGUCUGGAUCUUUGUCUUUGAGAAAUCACUAGCACGUGUUGUUGACUUUCAUUUGAUUUAUCUGCUUAGAGCGAAAAAGAACAAAAAAUCAUGGCGGCUGUUAGAAAAAGUAGCAAUCUAUUGAAGACUCUUCAUCGUAGUAGUGUGGGAAUAUUCAGAAAUCAGCAACAUUCAGUCAGUGGAGACGCAGAAUAUGCGAUCGAGAUGGCUUGUUCAAACAUACGGUAUGGACUGGGAGUUUCAAAAGAGGUUGGAAUGGAUUUCAAGAACAUGGGAGCAAAAAAUGUUUGUGUAGUUACAGAUAAAAAUAUUGCUAAAUUAGCUCCAAUGAAAGAUAUUUGCGAAGCAUUAGAUCGCGAAAAUGUCAAAUACACAGUUUAUGAUGAAACAAGAGUUGAACCUACUGAUGAAAGUUUUCAGCACGCUAUCAAUUUUGCAAAAGCAGGAGGUUUUGACAGUUUUCUUGCUGUCGGUGGAGGAUCUGUAAUUGAUACUUGUAAAGCUGCUAAUCUAUAUGCAUCAUGUCCUGAUGCUGAACUUCUGGAUUUUGUGAACGCUCCAAUUGGAAAAGCAAAGCCAGUGGUCGAUCCUUUGAAGCCACUUAUUGCAAUACCAACAACGGCAGGAACUGGAAGUGAAACAACUGGUGUUGCUAUAUUUGAUCAUCUGCCAACAAAAGCUAAAACUGGAAUAGCAAACAGAGCACUGAGGCCAACAUUAGGAAUAGUUGAUCCUCUCUUAUUACAGUCCAUGCCUAAUCGAGUGACUUGUUAUUCUGGAUUUGAUGUUUUAUGUCAUGCUCUCGAAUCCUAUACUGCAAUCCCGUUCAAUCAAAGAAAACCAAGGCCCAGCAAUCCCCUCUAUAGACCAGCUUAUCAAGGAAGCAACCCAAUCAGUGAUGUAUGGACGAAACAGGCAUUGCAUGUUUGUAAAUUGUAUCUUCGUGAUGCAGUCAGAGAUCCAGGAAAUUUAAAAGCACGAUCGGAGAUGCAUCUUGCAAGUGUUUUUGCUGGAAUAGGGUUUGGAAAUGCAGGUGUUCAUCUGUGUCACGGAAUGUCAUAUCCAAUUUCUGGUCUUGUGAAAUCAUUCAAAUCUUCUGAUUAUGAUACAGAUCAUCCCCUGGUGCCUCAUGGUCUAUCAGUUGUCAUCACAGCUCCUGCUGUUUUUCGUUUUUGUGGUCCAGCAUGUCCUGAUAGACAUCUGGAAGCAGCUGCGAUACUUGGUGCUGACGUCACUAAUGUCAAACAUGAAGAUGCUGGAAACUGUCUUGCUGAUAUCGUAACGAAAUACAUGCAAGACUUAGAGGUGCCUGAUGGGCUUUCCGCUUUGGGUUACAGCUCUAGUGAUAUUCCUGCUUUGGUUAAAGGAACCAUUCCACAGGAGAGAGUUACCAAGAUUGCACCUAGGCCACAAACAGAAGAAGAUCUUGCAUUUAUGCUGGAAAGUUCUAUGAAAAAUUACUGAUUAAAUGUUUUUCUGCUACCUAAGAUUUCCACUUAUCGUUGCAAUUAUCUUAUAAAUAAUUUUUGGGUUUUUAAUUAAUCUAAUUAAUAACAUAUAUAAAUCAUGUUCUCAAAGCAAUUUUUUAUUCCUCUGCAUUAAAACUUAAUCAUUAACAA